GAAGAAAAAGAAGCGGCGGAAUGCAGGAGGCGGGGAUGUCUGCGCUGUGGAACACCGUGCACGGGUGGUUCACCCCAUGGGUGCUGUUCCUCGUGCUACACCUCAUCGUAGCCACCAUAUUCGUCACCUCCAGGGCCACGUCCUCGGCGGGGAGCGGAGAAGACGCUCCGGCCGGGGCUGUCGGCGAGAGGAGGAGCCUGUCCCUCGUGGAUUCAAUGGCAAUCGACCGGCCCCACUUCACCGCUCCCGCCCCUGAGGCCCCGGUGACCGGAGUACUGGAUCUGGGACAGCCCGACGAGCAACCGCCGCCGCUCCAGAUGGAGCCGGAGGAUCAGGGUGAGCACGACGCGUUUACAAAAGAGGGUGAGCACGACGAGCACACGCACAUGGAGAGGAGCAUGUCGGAGGCGGCGGUCGAGGCCGAACUGCCGCGGCUGCCGACGCGGCUGCGCAAGUCUGCGAGCGACAAGCCGGCGUUCGCGCACUUCGUGGCCGAGUCGGACACGAAGGAGGUGGAGGCGCGCAGGCAGGCGACGAGGAGGGACGCGGAGCGCCGCCGUCCCCUGGUGGCGGAACCGGAGGAGCCGGCGUCGGAGGUGGAGAUCGAGGAGGCCGGCGGCGAGGUGGACGCGCGCGCUGACGAAUUCAUCAACAAGUUCCACCACCAGCUGAAGAUGCAGCACAUGGACUCAUUCAUGCGCUCCCAGAAGAGGCUCCACCGCCGCCGGGCAACUGUGGCGCCAGAGGCGUCUUCCGCGGCCGCAGGUGCUCCGUGAUGCUGCACAGGGCUUCCGUGCUAGCCUAGUGGAUGGAUGGAUAGCUCAGUAGUCCUAAUAAUAAAUCAAACAAAACCUGGCUCGGAAUCUUUGUCAAGAAAUAGCAAUGGCGGCGAGCCAGCUCUCAAGGGUUAAAAUAAAAUAACGGAUGUGGUGUGCAUUCUGUAUCUCUCCAGGCUUUCGGACCCGUGUCCUUUGGCCGUGUGAUGCGCUGUGGAAUCUGAUUUGCGAUGUUUCUUUCU